UUUUUUAUCUAAGAUACCGACCAAUACCAUCUUUUCUGACCUCGUUACUUCGAUUUUUCCAAACUCCCAUCUUCUUCCGGAUAAGGAAGGGAAACUUCCAACUUCCUCAAACCCGUCACCAUCGAUCGACGUGUAUGCAUAUGCAUAUCAGCAUAUGCGUAUUAAAGACUUGUCCCAAGAUAUUUCGCUAUUUGGGUCUUGAAGAUAUCAAAUCAAUCUUUCCAGUCGUUCUGUUUUCUUUGAUUUCCACCGAAAAAAAGUUUGAAUCUUUUUAGGGUUUCAAAGAGGAGAUCUAGACCGAUUUUGUGGGGUGUUUGAAAGCGAUUAAGGAAAUCACUUGAGGCUUCAAUUCGAUUUGGAUAUUACGAAAGUGGGUGUUGAGAGAGACUUUGUGGAGGCGAUUGCCGGCCAUCAAUUGAGCAUCGUGUGGUCUCAAUUUUAUAUCUCUUAAACACAGGAACACAUCUAAACACACUGAAGGUGUUUGGAUUAUCAAUCAAUCACAUAUGUUGGUUUUGGAUUCUUGAUUUCUGGAUUGAUUCUUCAUACCUUACUUCCAUGAGAUUAAAUGGAAAACUCAAAUGGAACAACAACGAAGAACAAUCUUCAAAUCAUCAAGCAUCCUACAUACCAACCAUACACUAAACCACUACUAGCUUGGUUUGAUAUCCGUGUAUUUUAUGUCCGAAUUAGUAAUUUCAUGGUGGAUGGAUACACCCCCGAAUACCUAACUCUUACCCAUAUACCAUUAGACCCCGAUACUAUCCUUGAAGUCAAUAACAAAAGAUGCACCCUUGAUUCAACCGGAAGUGCAUGUCGUUUAAGAAGAAACCGAGUGGAUAAAAAGUUUGAAGAGGCUACUUUUGUGAGCACGGAUAGUAUUCGGUUGACAGGAAGUGUUAAAUUUGAGGUUUUUGAUGGGGAUGAUCUUAUUCUUUCUGGGGUUUUGGAGAUGUGUAAAAAUGAGAAUGGUAAAUUGAAGAAUAAUGAUGUUGAAAGAUGGAGUAUGAAAUGUGAAUCCAUGGUUAGUGGUGGUAGUCGGGUUUUGAAAGGGAAACAAAUUGCGGGUUCGGAUUCUAUGCCACCCAUGAUUGAAGUUUAUGUUGCGGGAUCUUUUGUUGGUCAACCGGUUAUUUUGACCAAGACUUUGCAGAUUAGUGUUAGAAGGAAGCAAGGUAGAAAAGGAGCCUUGGAUCCGAUUCCAGAGGGUGAGGCAACGGAAUCACGGAAGGAUGUUCCGGAUAGACUUGGUCUUCAGGAAUCGGAAUACGGGCCUUACAAGAGCGAAAAUGAGUACGAAUAUGAAAAUGAAAACAGCCUUCAUUGGAGCCAAACAGAGUACAUGGAAGGUGAAGAUGGAGAACUCACGUGGUUCAAUGCCGGUGUGAGGGUCGGAGUUGGCUUAGGCCUCGGCAUUUGCCUCGGGGUUGGAAUCGGAGUUGGGCUUCUAGUUCGUACGUAUCAAUCUACCACCCGAAACUUCAGAAGGCGGCUUUUGUAGAUCCUUCUUAUCAAGUUUUUGUUUUUCUUCUUUUUCACCGUUUUAUGAUACAAUAUAUAGAGUGUGAUAGCUGAUUGGAAUGAGUAAAACUAUAUAGACUGCAAACAUUCAGUUAGUUGUUUUUUGCUUCUUGUUGUAAUUGGUUUGUGUAAAUAGAUUUUUUUUCAUCUAUAAAGAUUAUAAAGAUUAAACGGUUU